GGUGACGGGCUGGAGUCAAUGUAGCAGAGGUUGAGGGGCCAAUAACCUCACAGGGGGCAUUUGCUGGAAGCCAGUCACUGUUUGCUGAUGAUAAUGAGACUUUCAAAAGCCCUGAUAGAUAUGGAUAUGGCUGACUACACUGAGGCUUUGGACCCGGCUUACACCACAUUGGAAUUUGAGAACAUGCAAGUUCUGGCCAUAGGGACUGAUACUUCACCAUCAGAAGUGACGAAUCUUGCUGGAAACAAUAUCGGCGUUAACUCCUUGUGUGCAAUUUGUGGUGACCGAGCGACAGGAAAACAUUACGGGGCUUCCAGCUGUGAUGGAUGUAAAGGGUUUUUUAGAAGAAGUGUCAGAAAGAACCACAUGUACUCGUGCAGGUUUAACAGACAAUGUGUGGUCGAUAAGGACAAGAGGAAUCAGUGUCGAUACUGCAGGUUAAAAAAGUGUUUUCGGGCUGGUAUGAAGAAAGAAGCCGUACAGAACGAACGAGACCGGAUAAGUACGCGAAGGUCAAGCUAUGAAGAUAGCAGCCUACCAUCCAUUAAUGUCUUAAUCCAGGCAGAGGUCUUAUCACAACAGAUAACAUCAUCGGUCUCCAUGUUAAAUACAGACAUUAGAGGCAAGAAGAUUGCCAGUAUUACGGACGUCUGUGAUUCCAUGAAACAACAGCUCUUGGUCCUUGUGGAAUGGGCCAAAUACAUCCCAGCAUUCUGUGAGCUUCCCCUAGAUGAUCAGGUGGCGCUGUUACGUGCACAUGCAGGCGAGCACUUACUUCUCGGAGCUGCAAAGAGGUCAAUGAUUUACAAGGAUAUUUUACUUCUAGGUAAUGACCGCGUGGUACCAAGAAACUGCUCAGAACUUGAAGUGGGUCGAGUGGCUGUCAGAAUCCUUGAUGAGUUAGUCCUUCCAUUCCAGGACCUCCAGAUCGACGAUAAUGAAUACGCCUGCCUUAAAGCGAUCAUAUUUUUUGAUCCUGAUGCCAAAGGAUUAAGUGACCCCACAAAAAUAAAGAGGAUGAGGUACCAGGUCCAAGUGAGCCUGGAAGACUACAUCAAUGAUCGGCAGUACGACUCUCGGGGAAGGUUUGGGGAGCUGCUCCUCUUGUUGCCCACUCUACAGAGCAUUACAUGGCAGAUGAUUGAGCAGAUCCAGUUUGUCAAGCUCUUUGGAAUGGCCAAGAUUGAUAACUUACUUCAAGAAAUGUUAUUAGGAGGUUCAGCAAAUGAAGCCCCCCACUCCCAUCACUCGCUUCACCCCCAUCUUGUUCAGGAGCAUCUAGCAACGAAUGUGAUAGUGGCCAACAACGCUGUACCUACCCAUCUCCACAAUGGACAGAUGUCCACCCCAGAGACCCCCCAGCCAUCCCCCCCAGCAGGCUCAGGGCCCGAGCAGUAUAAAAUCGUCCAUGGAGCCAUCACUUCUGUAUCCAAACAGCUGACUUCCAUUCCACAACCCACCAUCACCAAACAGGAAGCCAUGUAACUUCCCACACAUCAUAGGAUCGGGGAAAAAACUAAAAAUUAUGGACUUAUAGGCUGGAAGCUAAAAAGACUGACCUGUUCACUGCCUGCAGAGACUAGAGACCAGGCCAUCAUGGCUGCCACAUGGCUCCUUCUGUCUGCCUUAAGAAAGUGAUAUUUUUGUAUAGUUUCACUUUUUUGGAUUUUUUUUCUUUUUCUACAUUAGCUUCUGCAAACUUUUAUAUAUGGACAUAGUGAAUUUUAUAGAUGCAGUAUAUUCUAUUUCCCCUGUGUACAAAGUGAUUUUUGCCUAUAAGAUGGAUGUGUUGCUUAUAUAUUGCUUAUAAAUAUUGGAGGCGGCCAUUUUGAGGUUAGGCCUUGCUGUGUCUGCGAGGCACCAAGUUUCUUCCUGACCACCUACAUUCACAUUGAUGUUGGAUUGAGCUGUGAUUUGCUAUUUUAGAUACCUUUGUACUUUACAUCCACCAAUGAACUAAAAAUUAAAGAUGGUUCAGGAUUAGAAAAAAUUGGUCUGCUGAUUUUUCAGAAACGGCCCCAUUCUUGUCCAUGGGUUGUGCUUGGUAUUGCAGUUUAGCUACAUUCAUGUGAAUGAGGACAAACUGCAGUACCAGACAAAACCUAUGGAUAAGAGUGGCGCUGUUUCUGAGCAACCAAAAAUACAGAGCUAGUCCUGGUAAAACCAUUCAAAGGAGAGAAUUAUACAUUUUAUGGGUGGAUUAUAAUUGAAUGAAUAGGGUUAAUCAGAUAUCUGAUGCUCCCUGUUCUCUAUUUGCUUUUAUGUAUUUGUUGGUGGCAAAUUAUAUAUUAGCCAAAACAGUUAUUUAUGCCUUAUACUGUGAAACCGUCUUCCCAAAUUAACCUAUGUAUAAAAAUACAUUUUUUUACAUGUUGUUUGAGUAGUGUAGUACUUGUUUUCAACCUACAGGUGGAGAAGUCUUCGCACUGACCAAAAUUCUCUCUUUAGCACCACCACAGGCUGUUUGGAGUACUACAAUUUAGAAUAGUUUGUGGAUUUACAAUGGCUUCUCGAUUAACAUGUUUAGUUGAAUAGUUUAAACUUUAGUCAUAUGUGUCAGAAAACCAUAGUUUAUAUUAUAUAACAAUUUCACUGCCAAGAAAUAUAGAUAUACAAUGUUGUGUUUGCAGUCAUUUCUACAUAUACCAAACUGAUAAUACUAAGGCCGGGCAUCUGGCUGAGCAUGGUGGGAUAAGAUGUUCAGAGCUUUGUGAGGUACCCCGUAAGAUACCACUGCCCACGUCUUGCUAUUUUGUACUACCCUCCCGCGUGUAGAUAUGUGAUACUCUCAGUAAUUUAUUUUCCCCAAUGAAUGCACUGUGUAAAUUAUUUGUGUACAUUUGACUGAUUCCUGGAAAUUUGUAUUCAUGAAUUAUAAUGGGUUAAUAGGAACAGGGCAUCAUCCAGCCUUUUCUAUCUCACCCAUCCAUUUUGUUCUGUUAGAGGUUUGUAUAUUUUGUGUGCUCUGUAAUUCUUUAGGAAAAGAAUUCUCUUUUUCUGCUCAUAGGAUGUUGUAAACGAAUAAAUACGGUAACAUGUUUUG